AUGCGACGAGUAGAAAUGAGCGGAUUGACCAUCAGAGUUAAAAGAGGAUCGAGGGGUAGUGCUACACUUCUCGAAGCAGCCAACAGAAUUCUGCGAUUACUUGGCGUAAGCUCCACGAAGCGCGGGAAACAGCCCUCGCCCAAAUCUAAGUUGAACGGUCGAGCCGGAAGUGAAGUUCGAGCUCCAAUAGCGACGUCUGAAUCCACUGCGGAGUCGCCAAUCAAGAUGCAGGCGUCGCAGGCCACCGCCGCGCCGGUGCCUGCUCCAGCCUCUACACCAGCAUCUAGCCAGUCCUUCAGGCCUACAAAACGUACCGCUAAAGAUUACAUAUUCGGCAAACUGAUUGGCGACGGAUGUUAUAGUACAGUGUUCCUCGCUAAAGAUAUACACACUGGAAAAGAAUAUGCCAUUAAAGUGUGCGAGAAACUUCAUAUCAUUAGACACAAGAAGAGGGAGUACAUAAAGAGAGAGAAAGACGCUUUAAACAUGUUAUUCAAUGUUCCGCAUGGUUUCGUGAAACUGUAUUGUACGUUCCAAGACGAUGAAAGAUUGUAUUUUGUUUUGUCGUACGCUAAGAAUGGCGAAUUGUUGCCUUAUAUAAAUAAAGUGGGCUCCUUUGAGCUCAAUGUAGCUAAAUUUUAUGCCGCUGAACUUUUAUUGGCGUUAGAAAAGAUGCACGCUAAAGGAAUUAUACACCGCGAUUUAAAGCCGGAGAAUAUAUUGUUAGAUGAAAAUAUGCAUUUACAAAUAGCUGACUUUGGAACGGCAAAAAUUUUGGAUCCCGCAGAAAUUCGCUCCAAUACGCCCCCCACGGUAACGACCGAGCCCGAAGAAGAAAGCCCCAGUAAAAAUGAUCGUUCUAGGAAAAUUAGUUUCGUUGGUACGGCGCAGUAUGUGAGUCCAGAUUUGUUACAGAAUCGUGUAGACACACGCGCUUCUGAUUUGUGGGCGUUCGGCUGUAUAAUUUAUCAGAUGAUAUCAGGGCUACCGCCUUUCCGUGCCUCUACAGAGUUCCUCACCUUCCAGAAAAUACUCAAGAUGGAUUAUGAAUUCCCAGAAGGUUUCCCCGCUGAAGCUAAAGAUUUAGUAGAAAAGCUAUUAGUUUUAGAUCACACAAAAAGACUUGGAGCUGAUGACGAAGGUGACACAUACGAGAGCAUUCGCAGCCAUCCAUUUUUCGAUGGUAUUGAUUGGGAUAACAUUUGGGAUGAAACGCCGCCUACCAUUAGUCCGUAUUUACCCGGUGGGUCAUUUGAAGAGGAAUACACAGUACCAGAUCAUCUGGAGCCUGGCUUAGGGAACAAUCAACUUGUGCGCCUUUGGGAAUUUGACCUAUCAACUUCGAGAGGAAUCCUCAACAUCAGUCCCGAAGAAAGACGACGUCGCCUAGAAAUUCAAGCUCGGGAAAACAAAUGGCAUCAAUUCGUGGACGGAGAGUUAAUACUAAAGCAAGGCCUCGUUGAAAAAAGAAAGGGCUUGUUUGCGCGACGUAGAAUGCUGCUGCUCACAACUGGACCACGCCUGUUCUAUGUAGACCCAGUUAAUAUGGUCUUGAAGGGUGAAAUACCUUGGUCACCAGAUUUGCGUGUCGAAGCUAAGAACUUCAGAAUAUUUUUAGUACAUACGCCAAACCGCACGUACUACUUAGAAGACCCGCAGUCUUACGCACUGGAGUGGGCGCGCGUGAUCGACGAAGUGCGCAUGGGCACAUACGGCCGCGACACGACUUAA